GAGCGGCACGUUGAAUGCUUUUAUUUUGACAGUAGAACUUUUACCCGGAAAAACACUAAUUGGAACAGUCAAAGGUUGAAAGACUGAAUUUGUUCGAUAAACUUCUACUUCAAGUUGGCACAAAUAACUCGGUGAUGAUUAGAAGUGCCUUCAGAUUCCUAAGAACCAAUCCUCUUUCUGUACAACAAAGGAUGUCUCAGAGCUGUCUUGCGGGGAAGGUAGCCAUAGUCACCGCCUCCACGGAUGGAAUCGGGCUGGCUGCAGCUCAGGCUCUUGGAAAGAGGGGGGCUCACGUGGUUGUGAGCAGCCGGCGGCAGGCCAACGUGGACAAAGCUGUGGCCCUGCUGCGGAGCCAGAGCAUCCAAGUGACCGGGACCACUUGUAACGUCGGCAACGCGGAGGACAGAGAGAAGCUGGUUCAAAUGACUCUGGAUCAGUGUGGCGGCAUUGAUAUCCUAGUGUCCAAUGCAGCAGUCAAUCCUUUUUUUGGGAACAUCAUGGACUCUACAGAGGAUGUAUGGGACAAGAUCCUGGCUGUAAAUGUAAAAGCAUCUUUUCUCCUAACCAAACUGGUGGUGCCUCAUAUGGAAAAGCGAGGUGGAGGAAACAUCAUAUUUGUGUCAUCUGUUGCCGGCUACCAACCGAUGAAGGGUUUGGGUCCCUACAGCGUGAGUAAGACGGCGCUGCUGGGCUUGACGCGGGCGCUUGCCCCCGAGCUGGCUCACUCCAACAUAAGAGUGAACUGUGUGGCUCCAGGAAUCAUCAAAACGCGCUUCAGUUCAGCGCUGUGGGAGAAUGAAGGCAUCGUGAAGCAGUUUAAAAAGCAGCUGAGCAUUAAACGGGUCGGGGAACCGGAGGAGAUCGGCGGGGUGAUCGCCUUCCUGUGCUCCCAGGAUGCUUCCUACAUCACGGGAGAGACCAUCACAGUGACCGGGGGAAUGGGGAGUCGACUCUGAUCACAACUUUUUCUAAAAAUUCAAUAAAUUUUCUUUUUUUGAAAAAUGAACUGGAGCCAAAAAAUGUGGACAUUCUAAUCAAAUGUUGGUGAUUUUGAUAUUAAAGUUGCUGAGUAAACAACUUAACAAAACUU